GUGCGCCGCUGUGCCAUGCCGUGCAGAGCUGAAUGUCAUUUGGCCGAUUUAGAUUAUUUAUUUAUUAUUAUUCCGAAAAUGCGCUGAACGUCCGGGAUUAGAAAAUGAGGUUCCCCACUGUGAUGUGGUUAAGAGCGGCCGGCCCUGUGACCACCUGGCCCCUGCGGUUUUGUUGCCAUGGUAACCAGGUGACAGUGAAACCCCAGGUCAGAUGUAUCUCUCACAGUGUGUUUACCAUGGACUUCAGAGGUCACUUUGCUCAACCUCUUGUCUCCAAGCCCGUUCUGUUUGCGGCCCCCUUAGCCACACGGCGUAUGGAACUGCAGCUCUGCCGGAACUUCGGCUCGGCCAGGCCUGGCUGGUAUGAAAGCAUAGCAGACUCCGGACCUGUCCACCUGACGGAGCAGCUGCUGGUCUUCAGCCAGCAGACCACAGGACUGCCCUGGUGGGCCAGUAUCAUCUGCACCACGCUGGCACUUCGCACAGCCAUCACUCUGCCCCUCGCCGUCUACCAGACCGUCAUCAUCGCAAAGGUUGAAGCGCUGCAAAAGGAGAUAGCAGAGCUAGCCAGGCGGCUAAGCUACGAGAUUUCGGUCAAAGCCAGGGAGAAGGGCUGGUCCGAGAAAACAUGCAGAUACCAUUUUAAGAAGAACCUGCGUCGGAUCGUGUCUGAACUCUAUGUGAGGGACAAUUGCCACCCGUUUAAAGCCAGUCUGCUCGUCUGGGUUCAGCUGCCCAUGUGGGUGUUUCUCUCUCUUUCCUUGCGCAACCUCAGCAUGGGAACAGGACACGUCCCCGCUGGUUUGCAGGAGGAGCUAGCAGUAGGGGGCGCUCUGUGGUUUUCAAACCUCACACUGCCAGACUCUACCUGGAUCAUUCCUGUGUCUCUGGGCCUCGUCAACCUGCUCAUCACUGAGAUAUUUGCCCUGAGGCAGCUAGAAGCUUCGAAGUUCCAGAAGUAUGUGACCAACUUCAUCAGAGGAAUCUCUCUGGUGAUGAUUCCCUUGGCUGCUGCAGUCCCCUCAUCCAUGGCGUUGUAUUGGCUAAGCUCCAGCUGUGUUGGACUGGGUCACAAUCUUCUCCUGCGUUCCCCACGUUUCCGAGCCCUCUGCAGAAUGCCCCCAACACACUCGGACUCCGACACACCCUACAGGGACAUCGCGGCAGCGUUUGUGGCCAAGUACAUCAAAUUAAAAACAUAAGGGCCGGUCUUAUCUAAGCAUUCUGCAGAAUCUGAUCACGUCCUCAAGUCUCCAUCAGCCUCCGUUUCUGUGGAACGACUUGGACCUAUGGUGCAAAUGUCAGAGACCAGCCUUCAGUUACUUAAUUUCCAGCCAAAAUUGCUAUUAAGUAUUUUUCAGCAUAUUUCUGAAAAGAUGUAUGAUAAUCCACUUGCAGGAUUCAGAUGUUUCCAAAACUGAAUUUAAAAAUUUAUUAAAAAUGCAGAGAAAACUGGACUCCUAACAACCACCUGAAAG